CAGCUGUACAUGUAUCUGGACAGAUUUUUAAGUGGAAAAGACCGCCAGGAUCUUUUCCAUAACAAACCAGCUAUUUUUAUCCCUAUCCCAACCUCUUUGGCCAGUGCUGAAUUCAUCAAUGAGAAGUUCCAUGCGGGAAUGCUGAUGAAAAGGGAAGAGGUUUGUUGGUCUGACCCAAGUGAGCUCUUUUCAAAGUACCAGGAAUCUCUGGAGAAAUUCAAGUCUCCUUUGAGGAAUUUAAAAAUUGUGAGUUGUUGAAAUGUUACUAUCAGUAUUGAAACAUUGAAUUAUAAAUUGUUAAAAUUAUACUAAUGUUAUGGUCAGUGCAAGAGAUCUUUAAUUGUAGGCAUGCAUUUAUUUUAGUUAAACAGAAAUGUUUAAAGUUCACAAGUUAAAAGAUAGAUUUCUUAGUUAUUAGAAUUAUUUUACACUUUAAAGUUUUUGCCUAAAUCAUAUUCAAAACUUUAAAAAAUUUAAUUUAAAAUGAGGACUGUUUGAAAUUGUUUAGAAUAUUGUAGCUCUCUACAGAUCUGACUAUUAAUAGUCUCUGAAAAUAAAGACAGCAAUAUUAUUAAAAAAUGUGAUGACUUAAAUAUAACGUGUUUCAUUUGAUUUCUAAACAUAGGUUAAAUUAACAUUUACUUUGUCAUCCUGAAUCUGUUUCUUUUACCUGCAGAUGUUUUAAAAUGAAAAUGUUUGAUAUUCAACUUAUCCUGAAUUAAACUUUCAGCUGAUGGAUCCAUAUCCUAAAUUAAAAGAGGUUUUUGUGAAUAUGGCCAGAAUAGAUAUGGAACCAAGCACCUUCCAUCUUGCUCAGCUUGUACAACAUAUUACCACAGUUUAUAGUCAAUCAGAGAAAGAUGUUCUAGAUGACGUAUUGUUCUUAUUUUCAAAAAUAGGGUUGGAUCUUAGCAAAAUUGAAGAAAAAGAAGCAGGUAAAAAUAAAAGCUAUGUUUUUCCCAUCUAUGGUUUAAUUUUAACUAAUUCAGAAUGAUUAAUUUUACAAGAAAAUUUCCAAAUAUUUUCAUUUUAUUUCUGUCAUGUAAUUUAUGUUAAUAAUGUUAUUGGGUAAAUUAUGUUAUGCUUGGAAAAAAAAAUCAUAACUCAAUAGGCCUAUCAGCAGUUUUAAAGUAGUGUUCUCUAGUGUUCUCUAGGAUUUGUAGAGUGUUUUUUUUUUGUUAGUAAGAUUUGUGAAAAGAUUUGACCAAAAGUUAAUUAAAGAUACCAGUUAAAGUUAUACAAUAUUAACUUUUAAUAAAAAAAUCAUAACUCAAUAUGCCUAUCAGCAGUUUUAAAGUAGUGUUCUCUAGUGUUCUCUAGGAUUUGUAGAGUGUUUUUUUUUUGUUAGUAAGAUUUGUGAAAAGAUUUGACCAAAAGUUAAUUAAAGAUACCAGGUAAAGUUAUACAAUAAUAACUUUUAAAUUAAAAUACAGUGAUUCAUAACUUUCUGUGGAUCUAUUUAAAGAGAUAGCAAAUUAAUGUUGUAUAUUAAACCAUUUUCAAUGAGAUAAUUAUUAUUAAAAACACAUUUUAACUUAAGGUGUAAUGACUCCAAUGGCACAGAAGGCAACAAUCAAUCUUCCAAAAGUGAUGGAAUUAUUGAAAGAGUCAGAAGUUUUCCCCACAAAACGGGGUCAGUGGGUCAGCAUUAAAGACAAACCAAUGAUAGCCAACUCUGAAGAGUUGGAAAAAGUUUUCGGUGAUUUGGAAAAGCACAAAUAUCAUCUUCUGAAACUGGAAACAAAAAGCUCACUUAGCACCAGAAAUAAAAACAAAAGAGGUGAAGGAAUUUAUCUUCUUGUUUAA